UCGGAACUUACGUUAAAAACAGAAUCUAUAUACGCUAUAGAUUCCGUAAAUUUUUGGAUUUUUUUUUUAAAUACUCAUUCUAAUGAGAAUGUCAGAGAAUAAUAAUUAUAUUAUUUCCAUUGUGGUUUGUUUAAUGGUCUGCACAAUUAUUUUACGAGCGGAGAGUAUCAGCAGUGUCAUUAGGGGAACGGAGUUCGAAGAAAAACAACGGGUAGUCCAUAGAAUACUUGAUUCGCGAUAUUGGAUUGUCAAAAAUAACAUCGGCGCAAACAUCAUAGCUCAGCAGGAGAUAUAUAACGGUAAACGAAUGAAAAAGUUUACGGACUUCACGAAUGAUGGCAUGCUUGAAGUGACGGACGCCGUUGAUACCCGUAAGAUUUGGUACAAAUUAUCAGGUGUGAUGUAUACGGCAAUCGGGUGCAAACUCGGUGAUAUACUCAAGCGUUUAUUCGGUAAGGCAACAAAAGUAACUAUAGUAAAUGCUCCAAUUGAUGAAAUUAAUAAUACCGUGUUGAAAAUUAUAUCAGUACUACUCGAAAUGACAUCUAUAGUAACGAAUUUGAUUUAUCAAGAGCCAGGGGGUUUUAUGACAGUAGCGUUAUCGUUAAAUAUAUACCUGAACAGAUUAAUUCGUGUCAAAAAAGAACCAAUUAGAUUAGGGAAGUUCAAUGUAAGGCGUGCGGAUCAUGUAUAUAAACGAAUUAUCGCAGCACAGUUAAAUACAAUUGAACGUUUCACUAUUAUCAAUUGCUCCUUAGACGACUACAAUAGUGGUGGCAAUGAAGACGAAGAGAAUAUAUCGAACGAAAACAAGAGGAAAGAAAUAAUAAAUAUAUUAGGAGAAGUAGACAAUAUACUCUACUGGACUGGUUGUCCGACAAACGGAAUUUCCGAUUUAUCGUAUUCAACUCACAGUCCGCAUGCACAUUUUAAUGUCAUAAUUAUUCAAAUAAUCAAAAAAUUACGACCCAUAAUGAAUAUCGAUGAGUCGUUAGAGGACAAAAUCGUAAAAGAGUCGAACGAAAUCAGUGAUAUACUGUUGUAUAUGGAUUUUAUACUUGAUUCGAUAAUGAGAAUCGUUUACCAAUCUACUUUGAACAUUUUAAAAAUAGUUGAAGAUUAUCAAAACAUCGGGACUGAAAUGCACAAAAAAAAUUUAGAGUCUACGAUCAACAUUUGGACUAACAUAAAUGUAACAAUGAUUUACGAUGAGUUGUCUUUACUUAUAACGUCCCUGAAUUUUUCAAUGACUGUUGUUUAUUAUAUCGAUUUAUUACCGCGAAUAGUGAGAAACAUAAUUGAUUUGAAGGACGUGUAUGAUUUGAAGUUAUUAAAAAAGCAAAUUGAAGAAAACUUAAACGCCAUUUAUGUUAAAAAAUAUCCCGCCGGUCUGAUGUUGAUGUCUAGCAUAAAUCAGUACGAAAUUAAUUUGCAUGAGUUUUUAAUUAAAAUAUUGUCUAUAGACGAAUUUAAUUAUUUCAAUCGUCUUUUGAAACUAUUGCAACCAUACCAUAAUGUAAAAUACAAUGAUAUGUUCGAAACGAAAUUAAACGAAAUGAAGUAUUCCGUCGUUUAUAGUACGAGCAGUAAGGUUGAGGGGUUCUGUAAAUCGAUCACAUUGAUGUACGUUGAUUUUUAUACUAUUCAUACAAAAAUAAAAGAAUGCCAUAAGAAUAAAAGUUGUCUACAACAAUUUAUCGGGAUAUUCUCCGGCAUUUUGGACACAUUUAUGGAUAUGUGGCGAGUAAUUAAAAAUUCUGAGAAUUAUGAAAACGAUAAUCACAAAAUAAUUAUUUCCUACGCGAUUCAGUUUUUACGAAAUAACUUAUCGAAUUAUGUCGCCGAAGAUGGAGGGGAAAAGCUUCAACGAAUAGAGUACCUUAUUACAAACCUUUUUGAUAAAUAUAUAAUUUAUAACUGUAUAAACCCGUUAACCCGAAGUGAUCUACAUCAAUCAUACAAACAAACGAAAACCUAUAGUUCCAAUCGAAAAAUUUUAGAAAUUAAAUCGGAGACUGAUUCUAAUAUUCCAGUAUUAUCUUCUACCAAUAAGAAGUCUACCAAAAAAAAAAAUUUGCGAGGUCUCUUGCAGAAACGUAACCGCAAAGAUGAAAAAUCCAAUGAAGGUGUAAGACCUGUAGUUGUAAGCCCAGAAAAACUCAUAAUUAUGUCGAUCGAUGGGUAUGUAAAAGAAAUGAGUGAGACCGCUGAAAGUUUUUUUUUUUUCUGGAAAGGGAAUAAAAUGACAAUNUACAUCGAUUUUCCCGAUCACUAUUUACCCAUCAUUAAUACUAUCGCCAGUGUCGGAAACGUUUAUCAACAAGUAGAUAAUAUUUCAUUGCGUGUACUGUUGGAAGAAUAUUUAAUAGAAAAUGGUGCUUUUCUUUCAUUAAAUAGUUUUAAUCCGAAAGAAAAUUCUGCAGACUAUUAUCUUAACAAGUUAGAUCACAUUUUCAAUAUAUUGUGGAAAGUCUUCAACGUAAAUCCAACAUUGGAUUGGAAAAUUGAACAAAAUUUUAAUUCAUCUUUACAAGAUAAAUUUGACAAAUAUCCAUUAUGGUUGACGAAGAAGUCCCCUGAGAUCUCAAAUAAAGUCAAACCAUGGAAAAACCAAAACAAUUUUCCUAAGAUUCCAAAAUUUUCAUCGUAAUCGUUAUGUUGGAAAACUUUGAAAGUAAUUUUCGAUUCAUUUAUUACAUUUCUAUUUUUAAAAAUGGAAAUAAAAUCAUAAAUACAUUGAUGUCAUUAGAAAUUAGUGUAUAAAACAUAUAUUAUUUAUAAUAAUAAAAAAACAUUUAUUUAAAAUUAAUAUUCUUAUCUUAAAUGGUUCUUAUUGUCGUUUUCCAGUCAUGCGCCGCUAUCUCUCAGUUAGCGUUUGACCGUAUAUGCUUACUUGUCACUUGCUCAUACCGUAACAUUCUAUUAAUUUAAAAGUCGCAUGGUUCGUACAGGCACACCACGAAUGC